UAACUUACAUUUCUCACGCUAAUCACAUUUGAUUAGACCAUUUAUUUGUACAAAUUGUGAUUUAGAUAAACAAUCAUGGCUGAAGGACAGCAAGUCGACCUUAUGCAGCUCCCACUCCCACAGCUGAAUGGCCUCAAAGAACAGCUAGAUCAGGAGGUAGAAAUGAUGCAAAAUUCUUUGCAGCAACUCAAGAUGGCCCAAUCUAGGUUUGUGGAAUCAUCGGAUAGCAUAUCCAAAUUAAAUAAGGAUAAUGAAGGUAAAGAGAUGCUGGUUCCACUAACAUCAUCUCUCUACGUACCAGGCAAACUACAAGAUGUCAACAAUGUCUUAAUAGAUAUAGGAACUGGCUACUUUGUUGAAAAGCCACUAGAGGAAGCUAAGAAGUACUUCAAAAGGAAAGUAGAUUUUGUCACAAAACAAAUGGAGAAAGUGCAACCAGUACUAAUAGAGAAAUCAAAGAUGAGACAAGUUGUGAUGGAUGUGAUGAACAUGAAGAUUCAAGCUCAGAUGUCUCAAAUGCAAAACCAGCCAGUAAAGUCAUAGGAGAUCAAAACAGAUGAGCUCAUCCUUCAUGUAUAAAUUAUUCAUUUUUUACAAGAUAUUACAUGUCAGUUUCCCUUAAGAUGUUCUGAUGCAUCCAAGUGUAAGACCAUUGAAAUGUAUUUCUGUAACUUUGCGACAUUGGAUUAACCUACUUCGCUGUUGAUGGUACUGUUGUUUUUACUAUGAAAACUUUAAAGGAGUACCGGUAAUGUGAAGAGACCAAUUUAAGAAUACAUUCAUUUUUAUGGAUAUUUCUUUCCUACUGCGAUAUUCUUAGUGUAAUAUUUUUAGGGAUGAAAUCAUAUUCACAAUACCAAUUUCCACCCAUGGUUACCAUCUAUUUCACACACAUGUUGUGUAUAAUAGCAUCUUAAUGGUUAAAAUUUGUAAUGUGUAUACAGUAUUACAUGUUUCUAUGUCAAGCAAGCCUCUCACAAGGUUUUAGGUCGUAAUGAGCAACUUUUUAUUUGAGAAGCAUGUAUCAAAUUAAUAUACUCAUUUAUUAUUUAAGGCACAACUUCUCUACCCCAAAAAAUUGCUGUGAUAAGCAUUUCAUUAUAAACAUCUGAAAAUAGAACUCCCUUUUCAGCAUGUUGUCUGAAUGGAACUUGAUACUGAUUCUGUUUACAUCCUGUGAAUGAAAGAAUUGUGUAUUUAUUUUGCCACAUGAUAUAUAAGUCCAUCUAAUUUAAGAGGAUAGAAGUUGUGUUUUGGAUCCCAUUGCUUUACAGCAGUACUGACUUGUUUUGUGAUAAAUAAAGAACAUGUGGAAUCUGG